AUUAAGCUGACGUACCUGGGACGUCAAAGCCAUUAUGUACACGCGCACGCCACUCGCAGUGGACGCGAUUGAAGUCGAAGCUCUUUCUAUUCUGCUACCGUUGUACUUUGUGCAAGCUUGCCAGAAAGGCAUACAGCAUAGAACGAGUUCUGAUAAAGAUCAAACUUUUACACAGCAUGUCAUCUGCUGUUGCAUAAAAACCCUGUUGACUAAGGCUGGAUGUUUGGCAUCAUGACAAGCGUUACGAUUGCUGAUAUUGCUGCGAGAGUAUACAUUUAAAAUUUUUGCUAAAAUGAUGGAAGCCAGUGACCUGGAAGAAGAAGAAAAUGUCGUGGAACUCUAUGAGCAGGCCAGGUUCGAACUAACUCGGCAAAGGAAAGCACAUGAGUUUCAAAAACGCCUUUUAAUAGAGUAUGAAACCGAAGUACAACGUCUUCAUGACCGCAAUCAAGCGCUUGAAGCCGCGCUAAGAGAUGCUGAGAAAAAAAAGGCGCGUCUUCAACAAGAUAUAUCGGAAGCCGAUGAUUCUCCAACAAGCGAACCGGAUGCCACCGGGCAUUCGAGUGCCGAGGAUAUAAAUGACGGAAGCUGUCCUGUCUCAAAGAGCGGUGACCUUCCGCCAUUGCAGCGACUCGACCGAUGCAAAACUGAAUCAGUUCUGCUGAACCGACGAUGUCGAAGUACAUGUUUGUCAACCCAGCCCACAGAUUCGGAGAUCCACGCCGAAGGUGGACCACUUGCGCCAGUCAAUACCCUUCUUGUAGCUCAUUUAGGCUGUGCGCAGUACCGCUCAAAUGAUGCCGAAAAUAACGCGCUGGGUAAUAAUAUCCGCGAGCUUCAAGAUCAGAUAGCCAACUUGAAAGAGGCGAACGCUAAAUCGCUCGUAAAAGGUGACCAACAAGUCCGACAGAUAGCGGAGCUUACAGAGGAGCUACUCGGCGUAAGGACCGCUUAUGGCGAACUCGUAAAUCAGGUGGAGCGUUUAAUAUAUGAAAGGAACUUAUUUGAACGCGACGCUGCCGAUAUAUCUGAACACAGAAGAACCCUUUCCCUGGAAAGGCCUUUGGCCGAAAUUGAAGAGGUCCAUGCUUUCAGAACGCUUAGUUCAAUUGGUGAUGAGCUUGGGCUGACCGGGCACCAUAUUAACUUCGGAGAGUACGCCGAGAAGCACCGGGAAACAGCAGAAAAUGUAAACUGGGACGCCCUUUUAGAGGUUGAAGAAGCUCCUGAGCUGUUAGAUCGUCUGGAACGCAAGUCUGCUUAUUGGACAAAUACUAGCCUUGGUCACUUCGUUCAGUUGCAUCCUACUGAAUCAAUUGUAUCUGAACGUCGUUCUCCCUCAUCAAGUGGGUCAAGAUGCCUCUCUACGCCAAAUGAACGCGUACACUCCGAAGACAUUGAUGAGAGCUCCGAUCCAUCCACAAAACAAUUACCGUUUCCGAGAACGCCGCCACAAAGGAAACAAGAUACACAAUAUGAAGUUACGAAGGAAGUUGAAAAUGGAAACGAGGUAGCUCGAGAAGGGUCCGUUGUCGACGUCUCAGGCAUUAGGGGUGAAACCCCUAUUGAUUCCGAGACCAGGUGCGAUGUAAGCUUUACAACACCGCAGGUGUUUUCCAACUGGGGUGAUGUAUUCAAGUGCCUGGUCCCGUGGCGUACGUCAACGCUUGCCUGUUGCAGCGGACUCAAGGUCGAUGAAGCGAGCACCGACGGGCUCGAGCUGCAAAGGGGAUGCCGGUUUGCCGGCGCAAAUUAUUUCGCCAGAAGUUCCCGAACGGCAGACUAAACAUGGAGGACUUCAUGCCUUAAUCAGCGACGAUUUACAGAACUGUAUGUGUUAUCUUUGGUCCCGGCGUUUGGAUUACGAUGCAGCACGUUGUUCGCUGCAUCUCUGAGCCUGAGACGAUAACGAAGUCGAUGCAAAACAGUGUGGUCGCUGACGUAAACCACACUUCGUAGCAAGCAAAACGACCCUUUCGAGAUCGAACUAUCUCAAUGUUUCGAAAACCUUCACUGGCUUCAGAUUAUUACACAACAAUAUAUUCGCUAUAGUUGUUGCCUCACGUUCCGUCUACGGCGCAUAAAUCGCACACGAUUUUUGUGAAUAAAUAAAAUUGAAGUGUAGCCUAAUUCAGCUCUACGUGAAGCUUGUUAUUAAAUAAACGCGAGCACAUAGGAUUAUAAACGAUACAACCUGAAAUUUUCUAACAUCCCCUAGUUCAACCACACGAGCUUUCACGUUUCAAUCAGCCCUGUGAUGUAUCAAACUGCAUUUGAUAUAUUUAGAAACACCCAGGCGAUUUUGUUUUGCUGCCGCUGUACGACCUCGUUGUAGCAAGUAUAAUACAAUACGAUCAGCAGAGACAAUUGUGGUAGUUGGAUGUAAUAUAAGUAUUAUCGAAAAUACAACUUCCGCAAUAAUUAAAUUGCUAGUUUAUUGAUCAUGUAAGAUUAAUAUAAUAUUCAUUUAUCUGACAAAUUUUGUGUGUACAUAUAAAACCAUCUUAAAAAUGCUAAAA